AUGGCGUCCAACGAAAUGGAAUACGUCACCCUCGGCACAUCCGGCCUCAAAAUCUCCAAAGUCAUUCUGGGCGCCAUGUCCUACGGCACGUCGAGCUGGCAACCGUGGGUCCUCGACGAAGACCGUGCCCUACCACUCCUCGAGCACGCCUACAAAUCCGGCAUCAACACCUGGGACACGGCGGAUGUCUACUCGCACGGCCGCUCCGAGGAGAUCAUCGGCAAGGCGCUGAAGCAGUACAACAUCCCGCGGCACCGCGUGGUGAUUAUGACGAAGUGUUUCUACGGUGUUGCGGAUGAGGCGGAUGGGGGUGCGAUGCCGAUGAUUGCGGCGUGCUCGAGGAACGAUGGGCUCAUGACGAAUAGGGUGGGACUGAGUCGGAAGCAUAUUUUUGAUGCGGUGGAGAGGAGCGUCAAGAGACUGGGGACGUAUAUUGAUGUGCUGCAGAUUCAUCGGUUGGAUCGGGAGACGCCGCGUGAGGAGAUUAUGAGGGCGUUGAAUGAUGUUGUCGAGAGUGGGAUGGUUAGGUAUAUUGGGGCUAGUACGAUGGCAGCCUGGGAAUUCCAAUCCCUCAACAACGUCGCCGCACGCAAGGGCUGGCACACCUUCAUCUCCAUGCAAAACUAUCACAAUCUGCUCUCCCGCGAAGAAGAGCGGGAGAUGAUCCCCUACUGCCUCGACGCCGGCAUUGGACUCAUCCCCUGGUCUCCCAUGGCGCGUGGCCUCCUCGCGCGGUCCUGGAAAUCCGAGCCCACCCUCCGCGAGUCGACCGAUGGGGCACUCAACGUUCUCCUCCGCAACCGCGAAACCGAGGCCGACAAGGCGAUUGUGGAUCGCGUGGAGGAGAUUGCGAAGAAGAAGGGGGUUAGUAUGGCGCAAGUGGCGAUUGCGUGGUCGCUUAGCCAUAAGAAUGAGAAUCCGAUUCUGGGGUUGAGUAGCAAAGAGAGGAUUGAUGAGGCGGUUGCAGCGAUCAAGGUGAAGCUUUCAGAGGAGGAGAUUGCGUACCUUGAGGAGCCGUAUGUGCCUAAGACAUUGUCGCCGCUGGAGAAGUAG